AUGGCAAAGCUCGUAGAAGAAGCUCAAAACAACAAAACCAAAGCUCAUAAACAAAUGUGCCCAGCUGUCGUUAUUAUAUCAGUUGGUCUGGCGGUAGCUCCAUUUGUUCUAAAGCUUGACAAUAAAAGGCAUUGGCUUCACUUGGCGUUGGUGGUUCUGGUAAGUGCCUAUCCAUGUGCACUUAUCCUCUCCACACCAGUAACCACUUUCUGCGCACUUUCAAAGGCAGCAACCUCUGGGCUUUUAAUCAAAGGGGGAGAGUAUCUUGAAACUCUCUCUAAGAUAAAGAUCUUGGCUUUCGACAAAACUGGUACAAUUACAAGAGGAGAAUAUGUGGUCACAGAUUAUUCGGUGUCCAACGAAGUUACACUGAACACACUGCUUUACUGGGUUUCAAGCAUCGAGAGCAAAUCAAGUCAUCCAAUGGUGGCUGCAUUUAUUGACUAUGCACAGACGCUUUCCAUCGAGGUGAAACCUGAAAGAGUGGAAGAAUUUGAAAAUUUUCAAGGAGAAGGGGUUCAUGGGAAAAUUGAUGAGAAGGAUGUCCAUGUUGGAAACCAAAAAAUUGUAUUGAGAGCCAGGUGUGCGACAGCUCCAAGCAUAGGUCACUGUGGUGAAGGAAAGUCCGUUGGUUACAUAUUCUUGGGAGCGGCUCCAGCUGGAAUUUUUAGCCUCUCUGGUAGUUGUCGAACUGGUGUAAGAGAAGCGUUCAACAAGCUGAAGUCAAUGAACAUCAAAACUGUUAUGCUGACAGGAGAUAGCCACGAGGCAGCCAUAGAAGCACAAAAACAGCUAGCGGGUGCUCUGGGCGUAGUGCAUGACGGUCUACUUCCCAAAGACAAGGCACAAAUCAUAUCUAACUUUUAGAAAGAAGCUCCAACAGCCAUGGUGGGUGAUGGAGUGAAUGAUGCCCCUACAUUAUUCGCAACACUUGUCUACCGACAACUGCUUGCUAAGACAUCAUUGAAGUCAUAGCUGAUAUCAGAUACUACGAUGUGCUACUUCUACCGAAACAAAGCCAUAUAUUGCAAAAUGUUUUCUUGUUUUACUUGCUCCUAACUUGCUCUUCUUAGAAGCGUAACAUCAUAAAAAUAAAAAAAAAUACUUCUCCUACAAUAACACCUCAAUAUUUCACUAUUAUCACCACUACGAGAAAAAAAAAACUUGCAAAUAACAAAUCAACAAAUGAGCACGCGAAA